UAUAGUGAUCGUAGCCUCAAACCUGUCUGCCUAUAGUGUUUUAUAGCCUGUACUCAUAAUAGUCCAAGUGCGCUGCUUAUAUAUGCUCUUGCAACAGCCAACACACAUUAUAUAUAAGAAAAGCAUUGUCUGCGGCGAAACAGUCACCACUGCAGUAACAAUCGCCAAUCGCCAUUCGGUAUAGGACAGUGCAAGGACUAUACGUGCAGGCUAAACUCGUCGUGCAAAUACGUGCAGUGUUCAUUGAGCAGCAGCUUGCAUUUGUUUUGCACUUAUCAUAUUCCUAAGCUCAUACUCAGCGAGCUUCGUUGUUCGAUAAAAAACACGACCAAAUAACCUAAGCUGAAAGUUAGUAAGCUAGUGUGUAAAGGACCAAUUGUUCCUUUCAGCAUUUAGAAGCACCUUCAACAUGGCGAUGCACUCUCUGGUUAUUACUUUGGCUUUACGAAAAUUAAGCCUAUAUUUUUAGUGACAAUUUUUGACGACACUUGGAGCAUUAUCAUUGCUGACUUUUGUACCUUUAACGUCAUCGUUUUCGGCUUUUCUUCUACAUUCUACAUCGCUUCUUGGCGCAUAAACUACUACUGUCAUCAUCAUUGAACCCUGCAGUUCUUCCUUUCACUUAACAUGAAGCUUGUAGAUACAGUAGUGCGAAGUUUUAAGGUAGCCAAAAUAUUUCGGGAGAAUUCUGAUCGCAUCAACAGCAUAGAUUUUUCUACCGCCGGAGACGUCCUCAUCUCGUGCUCUGAAGAUGAUCAAAUUGUUAUUUAUGAUUGUGAAAAGGGUACACAAACCCGGACGGUCAACUCCAAAAAGUAUGGUGUAGAUCUUAUUCACUUUACUCAUGCUAAGAACACAGCUAUUCAUAGUAGUACAAAGAUUGAUGACACUAUCAGGUAUCUCAGUCUUCAUGAUAACAAGUACAUCAGAUACUUUCCAGGACACACUAAGAAAGUGGUAUCUCUUUGCCUAAGUCCUAUCGAAGAUACUUUUCUUUCUGGUUCAGCUGACAAAUCUCUUCGACUUUGGGAUUUACGUUCACCUAAUUGUCAUGGUGUUAUGAAUGUAUCAGGUAGACCAGUUGCAGCUUAUGAUCCUGAAGGUCUCAUCUUUGCUGCAGGCGUGAAUUCUGAAUCAAUUAAACUGUAUGACUUGCGCAGUUUUGAUAAAGGUCCGUUUACCAACUUCAAGCUAUCGCAAGAGAAAGAAUGUGACUGGACAGGACUUAAAUUCAGCAGAGAUGGCAAAACUAUCCUCAUAUCCACUAAUGGUGGCGUCAUCAGGCUAAUCGAUGCUUUCCAUGGUACUCCUCUGCAAACAUUUACUGGACAUCUCAACAAUAAAGGCAUACCUAUUGAGGCUAGCUUUAGCCCAGACUCUCAGUUUGUUUUUAGUGGUUCAACAGAUGGUAAAAUUCAUGUAUGGAAUGCUGAUACUGGUAACAAAGUUUGUGUUUUAAAUGGUGAUCACCCAGCUCCAGUUCAAUGUGUCCAGUUUAAUCCAAAGUACAUGAUGCUAGCAUCUGCAUGUACAAACAUGGCAUUUUGGUUACCAACGGUUGAAGAUAUGGCUUGAACUAAUUCGACUUUUUAAUAGUAAACUUUAACAGUAUAUCUAUUAAAUUUUUUCUGGAAAUAGAUGUAGAUCUAGACAGAUUGAUGUCAAGAUUUUUAUCAUAAUUUUUGAUACAAUACAGAUAAAUACGUCGAAAACAUGCAACUAUGUAUUUUUGUUGUGUUUUAGUGAUAAACUAUACUGCUAAGUAUGUAGCAUUUUUUGCUACAAAUUUAUCAUUCAAAGUGGCUAGGUUUUAUAUAAAAGUCAACUGAAAAAUUGAUUAUGUACUCAAGUAUUCAUAUAUAUAUCGUCCACAUGAGUCUAAUCUUACAAAAGCUGUGUUUAAUUAGAUUAAAAUCAUAGUUGCUUUUUUAAAGUAAAUAAUUUAUUCUAGCUGUUACAUGUAUAAUUUAUCUAUAGAUUUUCUUGUUUUACAUGGAAAACUAUUGUUUAUUUGAUGAACUUGAUAAGGAAAUGCCAAAGUAAAAAUAAAAAUUACUAAUUUUAAGCAUGCUUUUUACUAUCUACUAAAUAUGUAUUAAAGAUGCUACUUAAAAGCCAAAAAAAGACUUUUAGGUUGCUGUUUGAAUAGAUAUUUAAUAAGUAAUACAAAAAAAUUGCUUGAUAAAUGUUAUUUUUAUACUAGCUUUAACAUAUCCUUACAUAAGUAUUCUGAUAAUAAAUGUAGUUAAAGCCACUUAUGUAACAUAUGUUGUACUAUUUUUCAAUUUUUUAUAAAAACACUGCUUGUUUUUGACAGACAAAAUAGCUUUAUUUGAUAAAUAUUUCAGAGUGACUAAUUAAACUUUGGUAAUGAAACGAAUGAUGUAGCUUUAUGCAUAAAUUUCAAUAGAAAAAUAUUAUUUUUGAGUCACCAAUAGAAUGCAUAAAACUUGAUUAUUAUUAUAUUAAUAAAUGUUAAAAAACUCCAUUACACAUAAUACUGUGAAGAUUAUUGAUCAUUUAUCAUUUCCGCUCCAAAAUUUUCAACAAAUAGAUAAAUUAUUUAUUGCAAGCUAGAACUAUCAUUUUGAUUUUAAUAAAAUGUGUGAUGGAAAAAUUUAGUUGUCAAAAUGUAACUUGCCUAUAAGCAAGUAAGUGUGUUCGAGUGUGUAUGUAAAAUAGUAUGUUUAUAUAAACAAAUUUAAUCUGUAAAAUAUAACUCUAAUUCAUAAAACCAUUGGUGACAUGCAUUAUAUGUCAUACAAGGCUCACUAGUAAUUAUUUAAUAAGAACAUACAAAUUUUUCUAACUGUAGUUGUUAAAACUUGGUACACGAAUCAAGAAACAAUAUCUUAUAAAGAAUUUUGAAAAUAAAAGUGUACCUUACUCAUGUUUUUUCUGAUUGAAAACUGCCUGCAAAUCAAGUGAUUAAGCUUUUUCAAUGAUGAUUAGGCCCUACUUUAAAAUUUCUUCUUUAUUCUCUCUUUUUUGAUCUCUCUAUGUUACGCAUAAUACAAUUAUACAAUGAAUUAUACAUACAUUCUUUAUAUGAAUAGGUAGAAUCUAAUACGCAAAUGUAUUAUUGUUAAAAUAUGUUAAGAUACAGUUUUUCAAAAAUCGCAAAUAAAUAACAAUUUAUAAAAUG